AUGGCCGAAACUCCCAGUGCUAAGCGUCAGAAGUCCUCCAAGGACGUCUCCUACGAACUUAUCUACUGGCCAGGUCUCCCCGGCCGCGGAGAGCAUAUCCGCCUCCUCCUGGAAGAAGCCGGCGCUGAAUACACCGACACCGCGCAGAUUGAAGACGGCGUCAAGACUGUCCUAGCCCAGAUUGAUGACAAGAACCUGGGCGAUGAGAACAACCCGCCUCCCCUGGCUCCCCCCAUCCUAAAGCACGGCGAACUCCUCAUCAGCCAGACUCCCAACAUCCUACUCUACCUGGGACCACGGCUCGGCCUUGCGCCCAAGAUUUCCGAAGAUGACGACGGCAUCUACUUCGUCAACGGCCUUGCGUUGACUGCGCUGGAUGGACUGAGCAACGAGGCUCACGACACGCACCACCCUAUCGCGACAGGGCUGUACUACGAGGACCAGAAGAAGGAGAGCAAACUCAAGGCCAAGGACUACAUCGCCAACCGGUUGCCCAAGUUCUUUGGCUACUUUGAGCGGGUGCUAAAGAGCAAGGCUAGCGGCGAAGGCCCUUGGCUCUAUGGCGGGUCUCUGACGUACGCUGACUUGGUGCUUUUCCAGUGUCUCGAUGGUCUCAAGUUCGCGUUUCCCAAUGCUCUGAAGCGUAUUGAGGGAACUGGCGACUUCAAGGGUCUCUUUGCGCUCUACGAUGCUGUCAAGGAACGGCCCAAGAUCAAAGAAUACCUUGCUAGCGACCGUAGACAAAAGUACUCUCAAGGGAUCUACCGCCACUAUCCUGAAUUGGAUGAAGAGUGA